AUGAGCUUUGUAGCUCAGGUAUACACUAAGGGCAUUCUUGGGCGUUGGGACAAGAGGAGGGGUUGAGAAGGGGGCGUGCUAACGUUUUUUUCUUUGCAAGAGAAGGGCAGCUUAUUCAUAACACUCCAAGACGCAGGUGUGGAGCAGGCCACCUCUUCACAUGCUCUGCACUCUUCUUCGAUCAAUACCUACACAUCGAGACCAAGGGGCUUCGGGAGGAAUUACCAGCCGGAGAAUGGUUUUGCAAUGUUAAUUGCUAUUUGGUGCGGUUCUUUUGUUCUCGCUCAUCCAUACUUCCUGAGCGCAAAUGACUUGACAUAGAUUGUGGUCGCAGUUAAGGACUUUAUUUGUGAAAAAUAGAGGAAGAAUUUAACACGAUGACUGACCAGUACAGUAUGUUUCUCACCACCGCUCCCCCUCUGAGAAGAGGAAGCACACCUCUACCAAUCAAGCACCAGCUGAGGCGUGAGGAGGCCGUAUCAGAGAACCAUGAUUGGAUACCAGGGAUUGACGAACCGUCCACACUGCCAAUCAGUGACACUCUUUGCCGGGAUGAAUCAUUUAGUCAGGCGGCAGAAGGGUAUCAUGGGAGUGCUAUAAGGAUCGUACUACUUGGGCAGAAUGGGGUUGGGAAAUCAUCACUGGCUCUGUCCCUGGCUGGACUGUCAGACAGAUCUCUGUCUGUGGACUCUGAAACAGCCUGUGGAGAAGGCUACAAGCGCACAGUGUCAGUUGACGAUGAGGAGAGUUCAGUCAUCAUUUAUGACAACUGGAAACAGGAGGCCCUGGUACAUCAAUCAUCUCUGGACCUGUCCACGCUGCAGUGUGAGGUGGUUGUCCUGGUGUUCUCGUUGACUGACAGGAGGAGUUUCCAGCGCACUGCACAGCUCCGCCUCAUCCUCAGGGAGUCACUGCCCCAAACUCCCAUCAUCCUCGUGGGCAACAAGAGUGACCUUGUCCGCUCUCGAGAGAUCAGCACAGAAGAGGCCCACUCCAGUGCCAUGAUGUAUGACUGCCAGUAUCUGGAGCUGUCUGCUUCCCUGGACCACGGCACCACCGAGCUGCUGGAGGGGGCAGUGAAGGCUGCCAGGGGCGACUGCGUGGGGCCAGGCUGGACGGAGGGGGACCCUGGGGCAGGGCGCAGGGAGAGCCUGACCAGCAAGGCCAAGCGCUUCCUGACUGGCCUGGUGCCACGUUCCUACGGCCGAGGAGACAGGGACCGAGGCCAAUACAGGGAAAUGAGCAGGCACCGGGGCAGCAAGAUCCUCCGACAGAAAUCACGCUCCUGCCAUGACCUCAGUGCGAUGUGACACCAGACAGACUGAGAGAGAGAGGGGGAUGGGAGGUGUGUGAAAAGGGGAAAGAAUGAAGGAGGACAACAGGAGAUGGGAGAUGCGUUAUGGAGGGGGAAACAGAAGAGGAGGAUGGUGAGAAGUGUAGAGGAAGAAAGACUAGUGAAGGACAAAGGAGAGAGAGAGAGAGAGCAGAAGAAGACCUGGUUAGAAAUGAGGCAGUACCUGAGGGAGAGCGAGGGAAAGAGGUGAAGUCAUUAGAAUAGCAGGAUGAGAUGAAUACGAGAUGACUCAUUGUACAAUGAGAGAGAGAGAAAAAAAACACAGUGAAAAGUGAAAUUGGGGAAAGAUGAAUGAAUCAAGUAGGAAAAAGGUGAUUGGAAAAUGAUUGUGCAAGAUGGAAAAGAAUUGGUCACAAAUGAACACACCCAAGAGGCAUGUAGUGUCUGAUUAUGUAGAGACUGAUAGAGAUCUAAUAUAGUCCCUGUUUAAAAGCAUGAUGUUACACAGUGAAUAGAGUUGCAGAGAUAAGACUUGCUCAGUAGGCUCAUGUAAUUAUAAUAACAGCGUCCUGGAUUUACUUCUUACUGGCCGGAAGCUACGGUAUACUGUCCCUCCGUCCUCUGUGAUGUUCAAUGCAAGGCCCUUUACAAAUGCCUCAUCCAUGCACUUUUUAUACCAAUCAGAUUUAAUGUCGCUGCUGCAUAAUCCCUUUAUAUCAGGUACUGAUUUUGGAGAUCAUUUUUUCAGUAGAGCACACAGUGCUCAAUAAUCCCACAGAUUAAAGAACUUGGUUGGAGCAGGUCAUAUAUUACAGUAGCUAUUUUGAAAGUGAAUGUAGACUCAAGUCUUGCAGUUACAUGAAAUCUGGCCACUUAUCCCACUACACUCACCUUUACACUGACUCCAUGCUAAACAUACCUGCACUCAAUAAUUUUCCUUACCAGGCCCUACCUAUAUAUGCAGCUACUGCAGUGCCUAGCGAUAAGUAAAAAGCUCUAAAUCAAUAGAAGUAAACAAUACUUGUAACUAAGGCCCAGAGUUGUCCCCGUCCACAGGACUUGAAGACCUGACAGGGAAAACUCUGGUCCCUAUGUGUACCCACAGACUGGUAGAACCCACAGACUGGCAGAACCCACUCCACUAACUCCUGACUGAGGCAGAUUGAGAGCACGUUGGCUUGCUAGAAGAACACAGGACGAUAGAUAUAUAAGAGCAGAUGAGGAGAAAGACUCAACUAGCCUACCUGUGGCUGUUUCAUGUUAGAUUGUUAGAUAGUUUUUUUACCUGCUGAAAUUGUGUACAUACAGUACAUACAUAGAGAACAUGUACAUAAACAUUCCCAACCAUAGAACAGAGCAUUACUGUGGGGGCUGGCCACACAGGCAAACACAACAAUACGCGUUCUGGAAACGUUGCUUGGAUGUGUUGACAGCGUGUGGCAACGUCAUUGAUAUACAUUAGCUACACAUGCUCAAUUAUUUGUCACUGUCUAUUAUUUCACACUCUUGUCUUUCGAAAGAGAAUAAAUUAAUUUUGUUUGACAUCUUU